AUGGUACACCAGCUCACCCAUAGACUAAACUUUUUGCUGAAAUAUAAUAUUUUUGUGCGUCAAUUUGCAACAAUGCUUCAUGGUUUAGCAACUUCCUCACCAUAUGUAACAAUAGUACCAACCUUGUCGGACAACUACGCAUAUAUACUAAAGAAUCCUGAAUCCAAUUCAUCAUUAUGCAUAGACCCUGCGGAAGCGGAUAAGGUGGUUCACUUGGCAAAUCAAAAUAAACUAAUACUUGAGGCAUGCUUAUGCACUCACAAACAUUACGACCAUAGUGGUGGAAAUGAGAAGAUCAAAAAAUUGGUGCCUGGGAUUAAAGUAUACGGGUCUAGUUAUGAACCGAUCCCAGGAUUAACAAAUAAAGUUAGUGACAAUGACACGUAUGAGAUUGCCGGAUUUAAUGUAAAAUGUAUAAGAGCAGAAUGCCAUACAAUUGGGCAUAUUAUGUACUAUGUUACACACAAGAAUUUUAAGGAACCAAUAAUAUUCACUGGAGACACUAUUUUUAUAGCUGGUUGUGGAAGGUUUUUCGAGGGAAAUGCUAAAAAGAUGCUGGAAAUUACAAACAAUUUUAAACGACUACCCCCAGAGACACUAGUGUAUUGCGGACACGAAUAUACUGUCAAGAACCUCAAGUUUACCAAUGAGCUGGAAAAUGGGUCUAACCCAAAUGUACUACAUGCACUUGACAUCGCCAUGAAAUUGAGGUGCGAGGAUAAGCCUACGGUGCCAUCUACGAUAGCUCAGGAAUUACUGCAUAACCCUUUUUUGAGAGUUUCUGAGCUUAAAAGGUUAUUUGGAGAUGUUUCUGAUGAGGAUGCCAUGAAGAAGAUCCGCCAAAUGAAGGAUGUCUAUUGA